AUGUUUUUAUUUUUCAUCCAGAUUUACAACGAAGAGAUUUUGGAUCUUCUAUGUACGUCAAAAGAUAAACCCGUUAUUAGCAUCAGAGAAGAUCCAAAAGAAGGCAUCAAAAUUGUAGGUCUGACGGAGAAGGAGGUGUUCACCGCUCAGGAGAUGGUGGGCUGUCUGGGGGCGGGGAACUCGGUCCGUACCGUAGGCUCCACGGCCAUGAACGCCGCCUCGUCCCGUUCCCACGCCAUCUUCACCAUCAGCCUGGAACAGCGCCGCGGAGGUGACAAGCAGGUGAAGGACGCCCUUCCUAAACCGCACACAGACACCUUGCAUGACCUGAAGCCUGGUGAGUGGAUUGUGGUGAAAGACUUGGAAGAAUUGCAAGGCUAAGCGUUGGUUGGGACCGUUCCAGAUUCUGCGGACUAUACCCACUGCUGUGAAGAUAGCAGAGAGAGCAACGGAGAUACACACCAGUCACUGUAAGCGGGUACCAGUGCCGGAUCAGGAAC